CUCUUUCUUAACCAUGUUCCACACUACACUAGUGUAAUAGUUAACCUAUAAUUUCAUCUAUUGUAGUUUUUGUAGGUGUCUCAAGUUUAUAGGAGUCAAUAGGUCACCAUUCCUCCGUCUUGAGUCUUUUCACGUUUUAGUAUAUAUAAAACUCGAAAACGAGUAAGUCUCGACUUGCAUCACACAGGUGAUUCCGAGCCUACCCCAAAAGUAUGGGAUUCUUAUCAAAUGGGCAUCAUGAAAAAGUUCUUGUACUUAAAAUUGUUAUGGUGGUUGUUGCCAUGGUGAGCUCUACCGCCUUUGGUGCAGGUAACUUUCAUGAGGCGUUUGAACCCACAUUUGGUGGCCAUAGGGUCCAAAUAUCCGGCCAAAGAAGCGAGCAACUCUCGCUCUCCUUGGACCAAGGUUCUGGAUCAGGGUUUCGUUCUAAGAAGGAAUACAUGUUUGGUAGAAUUGAUAUGCAAAUGAAACUUGUUGGUGGUAACUCUGCUGGCACUGUCACUACUUUAUAUUUGUCAUCUGAUCAAAGCACAGGCAGACACGACGAGAUCGAUUUUGAGUUCUUAGGAAACGUGACUGGCCAACCUUACACCCUUCACACAAAUGUGUUCAGCCAAGGAGAAGGUAAUAGGGAGCAACAAUUUCACCUCUGGUUUGACCCAACCAUCAACUUCCAUACCUAUUCCAUUGUUUGGAACCAAAAACUCAUCAUGUUCUUGGUGGAUGAAACACCAAUAAGAGUAUUUAGAAACUAUGAAGAUCGUGGAAUUAUAUUUUUUCCAAAGAACCAACCCCAAAGAAUAUAUGCAAGUCUUUGGAAUGCUGAUGAUUGGGCUACUCAAGGUGGAUUAGUAAAAACAGAUUGGUCUAAAGCUCCCUUCAAUGCUUAUUAUCGCAACUUCAACAUUGAUACCUCAAAUAAUGGGAGUUGGAAAAACCACGAUCUCAAUGAAAAUAGUAGGAAAAGAAUGAGAUGGGUUCAAAAAAACUAUAUGGUUUAUGAUUAUUGUAGUGAUUGGAAGCGAUUUUCUCAAGCUUUUCCACCAGAGUGCAAGCAUUCGAGAGUUUAGAUCGAGAACUAAUAUGCAUGGACAGAAGAUGCGUUGUCUGCCAUUUAAUUAUUAUUGAUCUCCACUAUAUUUAUUGUAUGAUUUCACAUUCUUUUACGUCACACAUUUGUUUAUCACAUGCAAUUGUUUAAGAUUUUAUGUAAUUUCAUAUUAUUAUUUGUUAUGCUAUUAUUCAUCAAUAUAAUAAGAUCAAGUGUUAAUUUUUAAUUUA